GUUGACGAAUGUAGUGAACUUCCUCUGGCUGCCGGACGGGGGUGCUGUACGCAGAACCCCACACUGGACCGGUCGAACCCGGGUUUUCAUGAAAGCUCGUUUUAAAGCACAGGGUCCAGACGACGGCUGAGGAGUUCCGACUGGACCGAGUGAGGAUCCUUUCUGGCUGGUUUUGGAGCGGCACAGACGGAGACGCCAGAGGGCUUGUAGAGCCGUACCUGCAAGGGAGGUGCUGAGUUCAAACCCAGACAUCAAAGUAAAAUAUGCUAACAAUGAAGAUGUUGCGAUGAAGAGGUCGCUUGACGCGAUGACGUCCUUGUAGGCUGUCAGUGUCGACUAGUGCUGGAGGCUGCAGGACGGCUGGGAACUCCUUCAGAAAAGACCGCCGCUGUUCUUACCAAGGGAUCUAUUACACAAGUUCAUCUUCUUGCGCAGGUGCCGCCGCACUUUGGGGAUUUGAACUGGACGGUUAGCGGUGACCUGAUGGUGAUGGUGUUGUGCCUUCAAGUGCGGGCCUGGUCGGCUGUACUCCUGCUGACCGGACUAUUAUCGCAGAUGACUGGAUCUGAUGCAAACCUGUUGGACUCCAUGCUGCUGAAAAAUGGAUGGAAGGGCAGUCAGAAGAAGCAGGAGGGCAGCAAAUCUGCAGUGGUGCCUGAAAACAUCCUGUGGUGCCACUGCAACCAUCACUGUCCUAAAGACUCCGUCAACAACACGUGCAUGACGGAUGGAUACUGCUUCACGAUGGUGGAAGAAGAAGAGGGGGGCAUGGCUGUGUUCACCUUUGGAUGUCUAGGACGUGCUGGCUCCGAGUUCCAGUGCAGAGACACCUGGAACGCCCGCACCAGAAGAGCACUGAAGUGUUGCACCGACCAGGACUACUGCAACACAGACCUUCACCCCACGCUUCCCCCGCUCAGGACUUCUGAUUAUGUGGACAGCAGUGUGCAGUACAUGGCGCUUUUCAUUUCCCUCAUUGUCUGCAUUAUCUUCCUGGGAGUCAUCCUCAUCUUCUGCUGUCUCAGACACAAACGGCAGGAGUCACAGACUCACUACAGUAUCAACCUGGAACCGGACGAGACCUACAUUCCUCCGCAAGAGUCUUUGAAGGACCUGAUAGAGCAGUCGGCCAGCGUCGGGUCAGGCUCUGGCUCAGGGCUCCCUCUACUGGUUCAGCGCACCAUCGCCAAGCAGAUUCAGAUGGUGAAGCAGAUCGGGAAGGGACGCUACGGAGAGGUGUGGAUGGGCAAGUGGAGAGGAGAGAGAGUGGCUGUCAAAGUCUUCUUCACCACUGAGGAGAAGAGCUGGUUCAGGGAGACGGAAAUCUACCAGACCUUCCUGAUGAGACAUGAAAACAUCCUGGGUAAGUGGAGGAGCUCUGUUCAAGCCACGUCGUCGUUCCCACCCUCAACAUCCUCGUGGUCCUCAGGAUUCAUAGCCGCCGAUAUCAAAGGCACGGGCUCGUGGACGCAGCUCUACCUGAUCACAGACUACCACGAGAACGGCUCCUUGUACGACUACCUCAAGUCCAACAGCUUAGACGUCAGAGCUCUGCUGAAGCUGGCCUACUCCUCCAUAUCGGGCCUGUGCCACCUCCACACCGAGAUCUACGGCACGCAGGGGAAACCCGCCAUUGCUCACCGAGACCUGAAGAGUAAAAACAUCCUGGUGAAAAAGAACGGCUACUGCUGUAUCGCCGACCUCGGACUGGCUGUCAAGUUCAACAGUGACACCAACGAGGUGGACAUACCUCCCAACCUGCGAGUGGGAACCAAGCGCUACAUGCCACCUGAAGUUCUGGAGGAGAGUCUCAACAGAAGCUACUUCCAGUCCUUCAUAAUGGCAGACAUGUACAGUUUCGGUCUCAUCGUGUGGGAGAUGACUCGCCGGUGCAUAUGUGGAGGCAUCGUGGAGGACUAUCAGCUGCCCUACUACGACCUCGUGCCCACGGACCCUUCUUACGAGGACAUGAGGGAAGUGGUCUGCAUCAAGGCGCAAAGGCCGCUGUUUAUAAAUCGCUGGGGCAACGAUGAGUGUCUCAGACAGAUGGGGAAACUCAUGUCAGAGUGUUGGGCUCACAACCCAGCCUCUCGCCUCACAGCCCUGAGGGUGAAGAAGACCCUGGCCAAGAUGUUGGAGUCUCAAGACAUCAAACUGUGACAGAGACUUGAGCCCCCAGAGACUUGCCACUGACGCUGCCCUCACUGGCGGUGCACGGCAGUGUAUGUGUGUAUGUUGAAUGAAUGACGUGACAGAUGGAAACAGGAGCCAGAAGAGUGAGAUGCAGCGCGUCAGUGAAGAUUUGUCUUUCUUAUCUUGCAGCCUCGGAGUGAGGAUCCCAAGUGCGCUUUCUGUGAAAGCUAGGUGUUUUUUAUGCCGACGCGGCACAACGUGUUGACUGAGAGGAGCUGAAUGAAAUCCUGUUGGGGCUUCUUUAUUUGCAGUCUUUUGCGCUGCAUCCAAGCGCUGCCCAGCGACCACCCUCUUGUAUUGGAAGGUGAUUUUACAACUUGUUAAUUUAAAGUGACCAUUCUGUUGUCAUGUUAAAUCCACUUUAUUUGGGUUUGUGGGACAGCGCCCCCCCCCUCCGCUUCAGUUUGUCUGAUUUAAAUUAAAGAUUUGUGAGGAUUGUUUGCGACUCUUGUCUCCUCACGAUUGUUUUGACGUUGAUGGAGUAGUUGCACAGUGGCUGUCGCCUAUUUAUCCAGCACAAAUGUGACCAUUCAGCUGAUGGGACAGA